AUGGGCAGAAAGCGGCGUCUCGAGAGCGGCUUUACGAGAGUUUUGAAUCCAAAGGAUGAGCGGAUUAUUCAGAAGGAAAAAUCUAAAGAAAAGCUGGCACCACUUGUUCAGCGACCUCGCGAUGAGGAGCGCCUGGGCGCAGUGCCUCCAGAGCUGUUCUUUCAGUACAACACGGCGCUCGGGCCACCCUUUCGAGUGCUUAUCGACACAAACUUCAUCAAUUUUUCUAUUCAGAACCGAAUCGAUCUUCAAAAGGGUCUAAUGGAUUGCCUGUUUGCCCCCGCGAAAGCUUGUGUGACGGACUGUGUUGUUGCAGAACUCGAGAAGCUCGGACGCAAGUACCGCGUAGCACUGCGUAUUGUCAGAGACGCUUCGCUGGUGCAGCGCCUCAAGUGCACACACAAAGGGACUUAUGCAGAUGAUUGCAUAGUUGAGCGGGUUAUGGCCCAUCGUGUAUUCAUCGUCGCCACCUGCGAUCGGGAUUUGCGGCGACGGUUGCGGAAAAUUCCCGGUGUGCCUAUUAUGUACAUCGCGCAGCACAAGUACACCGUGGAACGAAUGCCGGAUGCGUUUAUGGCCCCGCGGGUGUAA